AUGUUGCUGCUAGCCCAAGCUAGUUCUGGUUUACAGCAAAUUUGGGAACCAAAGAAAGACGCACCGGAGCAACCAGGCUCCUCCACGAUAGAUGUGGUCUCGGUGACAGAAGAAGACCUCCCUACUGUCGAGACCCCCACCAGUCUGAACAUCAGCCCCCUGGGCAGCUUUGUCAUUGAGCCACAGUCAGGGAACUAUUGCACUAAACCCGCAGAUCCCCAACCUCCACCCAGUCCAGCCAUGCCCAUUACCAAAGUGCAGCCAUUUAUGCAUGAAGAUGACAUGGAUAAAAGCUGGAAGAGCAGAAUCUUAGCCCAUCGCUUUGCCGUUCUGAUAUUCGCUGUUUGCUGCAUCCUCGGGGUGGCUGUCCUGCUCAGCGUUGGCCUUGGAUUGGGCCUGAGCUGUUCGGGGAGGUUUCAGUGUGGCUCCUCGUCUCAGUGCAUCAACAGCAUUUACCUGUGUGACGGAAAACUUCACUGCAAAAAUGGGGAAGACGAACUUGGCUGUGUGCGUCUGAGUGGCAGAAGUUCAGUCCUGCAGGUUCAGAUCCAGGGAAAAUGGAGGACAGUCUGCUCAGAAGAUUGGAACAACAGGCUGGGCAGAGCUGCCUGCAAGCAGCUUGGAUACUCCAGUUAUUUAGAGUCUUUCUUCAUCUCUCUGACCUACAUUGAGAAGGACCUUCAGACUGACCUGAUGUCUUUUCAGUGGAACAAGUCACAGAUAAUCAAGCUUCAGAACGCCCCAUCUAUCAGCUAUAACUGCUUGACACUUUGUUUCUCUGUGCCCUCAGAUUGCGGUCUCAGGCCUCAGUACAGGACACGUAUUGUUGGAGGUAACAUCACGAAACAAGGCCAGUUCCCCUGGCAAGUUAGCCUCCAUUUUAGGAAUGAACACCUGUGUGGAGGCUCCAUCAUAUCACCAUACUGGGUCAUCACUGCAGCACAUUGUGUGUAUGGGUUUGUAAACUCCUCCAUGUGGGCGGUCUAUGUGGGACUGACAGAGCAGCCGCUUCACGGGGCCCAGGCUUUGGCUGUUGAGAAAAUCGUAUACCAUAAUCGUUACCGACAAAAAGGACUCGACUAUGACAUUGCACUGAUGAAACUGGCCAAGCAACUUGAAGUUAAUGGCUCUGUGCAGCCCAUCUGCCUGCCCAGCCAUGGAGAGGAGUUUAAGGAGGGCACCUUGUGCUGGAUCUCUGGUUGGGGUGCAACAGAGGAAGAUGGAGACACUAGUGUUGUUCUGCGCUCAGCUGUGGUACCACUUAUCUCCAACCAGAACUGCAACAAACCAGAGGUUUACAAGGGCUUAAUCUCCUCCUGGAUGAUCUGUGCAGGAUACCUGGAAGGUGGAAUUGACUCUUGUCAGGGGGACAGCGGCGGUCCGCUUGCCUGUGAGGACUCGUCUGUGUGGAAGCUAGUGGGAGCAACCAGUUGGGGCAUUGGCUGUGCUCACAUAAACAAGCCGGGCGUUUACACCCGCAUCACACUCGCUCUCAGCUGGAUCCACAAACAGAUGGAGAAAGAAGAGGCUCUGAAAACAGGAAACUGAAUCCCCCACAGUGACUUCUCACCGGACUAUCCACAUGUCUCCACAUUUGGCA